UAUUACUUCAUUGCAAAUUUGUAUUUCUUCAUUGGUCAAUUUUUCAAGCAAUGCUAAAACAAACACUACGUUUCAGGUUUUUAAGUAAUGAAACGGCGGCUUACAUAACUUACAAAAUCUGUCGUAUAAUUAUGACUUCAUCUUGGCCUACCUAAACUGAUUUUAAGGAUGACUUAACUCAUAGUAGAGAAAGUUUAUUAAAUUACUAAGAAGAAAUUUCAUACAAUCAGUAUUUCAUGAACUGUGUGAUACAAAAUGGAUGUUGAAGAAUUUAGAGAGUUCGGCAAAGCCAGUGUCGAUUAUAUUGCGGAUUAUAUUGAAAAUAUUCGAAAAAAACCUGUUUUGCCUUCGGUGGAACCAGGAUACCUAAAAAACGAGAUUCCCGAACUAGCACCAAUCACUGGAGAACCAUGGCAAAAUAUCCUACCAGACGUCGAUCGAGUAAUCCUUCCAGGAUUAACUCAUUGGCACUCACCGCAUUUUCAUGCUUACUUUCCAACAGCCAAUUCUUUUCCAGGAGUUGUGGGUGAACUAUUUUCUUCUGGAUUGGGAUGUAUUUCGACUGACUGGCAAUCAAAUCCAGCUUGCGUCGAAUUGGAGGUGAGAAUGAUGGACUGGUUGGCCAAAAUGCUUGGGCUUCCAGAACAUUUUUUGAACGAAUCCGAAGGACCUGGUGGAGGUGUAAUUCAGAAUGCAGCCAGUGAAUCUACUCUCGUUGGUUUAUUAUCAGGGAAGCAAAAAACAGUCAAACAGGUUCUUGAAAUGAAUCCUCAUUUAACAGAUGCAGAAGUUAAAGCAAAGUUAGUGACUUAUACGUCUAAAGAAUCUAAUUCUUCAGUGGAGAAAGCAAGUUUGUUAGCUUCAGUACCGAUGCGGCUUUUACCAACAGAUGCAGAUUGUCGUCUUAGAGCUGAUCUACUUCAAGAAGCCAUCGAUAAAGACAAAGCAGAAGGUUUGAUACCUUGCUGCGUGGUAGCUAGUUUAGGUACUACGGGUACAUGUGGGUUUGAUGAUUUAGAAGAUAUUGGAAGAAUUUGUGAAAAAGAAAAAAUUUGGUUACACGUCGAUGCUGCAUAUGCUGGAGCUGCAUUGGUUUGCCCUGAAUAUAGGUAUCUAUUAAAAGGUAUUCAUUUUGUAGACUCUUUCAACUUCAACCCCCACAAGUGGUUCCUUACUAAUUCAGACUGCUCAGCAAUGUGGUUUAAGAAUACGAAAGAUGCAGAAGCAGCUUUCAAAGUGAAGGCUUCGAUUCCAACUGAACCUCUAUUUGAACCUGAAAUUGAGAACUGGCAAAUUCCGACGUCUCGCAAAUUCAGAGCUUUAAAACUAUGGUUUGUAAUGAGAUUAUACGGUGUUCAAGGAAUCCAAAAAUACAUUCGACACCAAGUUUCUUUAGCUAAAUAUUUAGAGAAAUUAGUCAAAGCUGAUGACAGAUUUGAACUUCUUGUUUCAAGGUUAGGUGUUGUUGGAUUUAGACUCAAAGGAAAUGACUACAUGACUCAAAAACUGUUGGAUAAAAUUACUGAAAGAAAGAAUCUUUACAUAAUGCCCUAUUAUUUCCAAAAUAAACUGAUGGUUCGCUUCGUGGUGUGCAGUAGAUUAACUGAAAAAGAGGAUAUCGAUUUUGCUUGGAACGAAAUCAAGUCGAUAGUAGCUGAUACGUACUUUAGGGAUUCAAAUCCAGAGUUGAAAAAUAAGAAAAGGGAAAGUAAUUUAAAUUCAACAAUAUUGUCAAAAGUAGCUACUAGUACGUUUUCUCCAGAAUUGAACGAAAAACUUAAAGUUGGAUUGUUCCUGUAGAAAAAUCUUCGGUAACCAAAAU